AUGAAAUGGUUUGUUGGAUCGGGAUUGGGAACACGCAGCAUGCGGAAGAUCGGCUUGAUGAAGCUCUUCAGCCGGAAGCGAGCGGAGUCGUGGAACUCCGUCAGGGACGAAGUGGACGCCGUCGUGCGCGCCGUCGCGGGCAGCCUCGGGAGCGCCGUGAACGUGGGGGAACUCGUUUUCAACCUGACUAAAAACAUCAUCUACCGCGCAGCGUUCGGGUCUAGCUCCCAAGAGGGGCAAGACGAGUUCAUUUCGAUUCUUCAGGAGUUCUCGAAGCUCUUCGGAGCCUUCAAUAUUGCCGACUUUGUUCCCUUCCUCGGGUGGCUGGACCCGCAAGGCCUCAACCAGAGGCUGGUGGAGGCACGUGCCACCUUGGAUAGCUUCAUAGACAAGAUCAUUGAUGAACACGUGGAGAAGAAGAGGAGUGGCAACGGGAACUCCGAUGAUGAAAGUGACAUGGUGGAUGAGUUGCUCAAUUUUUACAGUGAGGAGGCCAAGCUUAAUAAUCAUGAGUUGGAAGACUUGCAGAACUCCAUCAGACUCACCAAGGAUAAUAUCAAAGCCAUCAUCAUGGUAUAGUGUCACUAUCACUAUCUUUGCUUCUUUCGAUUUUCAAACUAUAUCGUGUCAACUAUUAACUACUGGUACUAUAUAUCAUAUACUACAUCUUACUAAAACAUGGUAAAGAAAGAAAAAAAAAAUUAUAAAGUCUACCCCAGUUCGGAUAGGUUAGGCUGAAGAGAAAAGAAAAGAUAAGAAAAAGAAAUAAAAUAAAAUAAAACGACAGAUGUGAUAUAUAAUUUAGUAAAAAUUAAAAGAUAAAAAAUAUAGGAUGAAAUAAUGAUAAGUACCUAAAGUAAUUAAUAAUACUUUUUUUUUUCGUAGGAGAUACACUAAUGGAUGUCCUUUUAAUUUUCUUGGUGUAUUAGUAAUUUUUGUGUUUGACGAAAGGUUAUUCUUGAUAAUGAACCAAAAAGAAAAUUUCUACAAAUCUUCUUAUUUGUUGGAUGAAAAAAUAAUAAAUAUUUUCAUGUUAUACUAGUAAUAUAUAUGUAUAUUUAUUUAUGUUAUAAAAUAUUAAGAAGACCGGUGAGAAAAUAUUAUGAGGGAUUAUAGCAUUAUUACCUUGUACACAUAUAAUAAUUCAUCAAAUAAUGUUUCUUAAUUAGUAACCUGGUGUCAUAUAAUUAAUAUUUCCUUCUAUUAAAGUCAAAUGAAGUAACAUAUGAUAUAGUUCUGUCUGAAUGGCAUUACAAAUAAAAACAUAAAAGUCACGACACCGACAAAUCAAUUUUCAAAACUUGCGUUUGAUUUUUUUAAAAAAAAA